UUCAGAUACAGAUUCAAAUUAUAGCAAUGAGAUAUACUAUAGCUAGUAUCCUCUUUCUUUCACUGAUAGCUUGCAGUGUCAAUGCAAGAAAAGAUGGAGGGGAAUAUUGGCAAGGUGUUGUGAAGGAUCAAAAAGUGGAAGGAAAUGGCUGCCACACGGUGGGGGAGUCAACAAUAUUCGAUGUCAAACCUAAGUACGAGGAAUCUUUUGCAAAUGGCUUUGAGAGAAGGGCUCAUACUAAUACUCAUGUCAACCAUUUAGGUCUUGUGAGAGAGUUUGAGCCUAGGCCUAGUGCCACGUCUUAUGUUAGUAACCUCAAGCCUCAAGAUGAGAAAUCUAUUGUGAGAGAUUUUGAACCUAGGCCUAGUAUCACAUCUUAUGUUGAUAACCUCAAACCUGAAGAUGAGAAAUCUUUUGUGAGGGAUUUUGAGCCUAGGCCCAGUAUCACAUCUUAUGUUGGUAACCUCAAGCCUGAAGAUGAGAAAUCUUUUGUAAGAGAUUUUGAGUCUAGGCCUAGUGCUACAUCUUAUGUUGGUAACCUCAAGCCUCAAGAUGAGAAAUCUUUUGUGAGGGAUUUUGAACCUAGGCCCAGUGUCACAUCUUAUGUUGGUAACCUCAAGCCUGGAGAUGAGAAAUCUUUUGUGAGGGAUUUUGAGCCUAGGCCCAGUAUCACAUCUUAUGUUGGUAACCUCAAGCCUGAAGAUGAUAAAUCUUUUGUGAGGGAUUUUGAGCCUAGGCCCAGUAUCACAUCUUAUGUUGGUAACCUCAAGCCUGAAGAUGAGAAAUCUUUUGUAAGAGAUUUUGAGUCUAGGCCUAGUGCUACAUCUUAUGUUGGUAACCUCAAGCCUCAAAAUGAGAAAUCUUUUGUGAGUGAUUUUGAACCUAGGCCCAGUGUCACAUCUUAUGUUGGUAACCUCAAGCCUGAAGAUGAUAAAUCUUUUGUGAGGGAUUUUGAGCCUAGGCCCAGUAUCACAUCUUAUGUUGGUAACCUCAAGCCUGAAGAUGAGAAAUCUUUUGUAAGAGAUUUUGAGUCUAGCCCUAGUGCUACAUCUUAUGUUGGUAACCUCAAGCCUGAAGAUGAUAAAUCUUUUGUGAGGGAUUUUGAGCCUAGGCCCAGUAUCACAUCUUAUGUUGGUAACCUCAAGCCUGAAGAUGAGAAAUCUUUUGUAAGAGAUCGAGUCUAGGCCUAGUGCUACAUCUUAUGUUGGUAACCUCAAGCCUCAAAAUGAGAAAUCUUUUGUGAGUGAUUUUGAACCUAGGCCUAGUGUCACAUCUUAUGUUGGUAACCUCAAGCCUGAAGAUGAUAAAUCUUUUGUGAGGGAUUUUGAGCCUAGGCCCAGUAUCACAACCUAUGUUGGUAACCUCAAGCCUGAAGAUGAGAAAUCUUUUGUAAGAGAUUUUGAGUCUAGGCCUAGUGCUACAUCUUAUGUUGGUAACCUCAAGCCUCAAGAUGAGAAAUCUUUUGUGAGGGAUUUUGAACCUAGGCCCAGUGUCACAUCUUAUGUUGGUAACCUCAAGCCUGAAGAUGAGAAAUCUUUUGUGAGGGAUUUUGAGCCUAGACCCAGUAUCACAUCUUAUGUUGGUAACCUCAAGCCUGAAGAUGAGAAAUCUUUUGUGAAGGAUUUUGAGUCUAGGCCUAGCGCUGCAUCUUAUGUUGGUAAUGGUAAGCCUAUAGGUGGGAAAUCAAAUGCUUACGAUUUUGAGCAAAGACCUAAUGUUUCAGCAUACACUGAUGACGUUAGCUCCAAGAAGGAGAAAUCAAAUGCUAAUGACUUUGAGCCAAAACCUAAUGUUUCAGCAUAUACUGAUGAUAUUAGCUCAAAGAAGGAGAAAUCUUAUGGGGAAGAAUUUGAGUCAAGACCUAAUGUUUCAGUAUACACUGGUGAUGUUAGCUCAAAGAAGGAGAAAUCUUAUGGUGGAGACUUUGAGCCACGACCCAAUCUUUCAGCAUAUAGUGACGAGUGAAAAUGAAUCAUGAGUGGGAAGUUUAUAUGUUGUUAUGUGUGCUUUUAUUUAUGCUUUUAAUUAUAAUGUAUGAUGGUGUAUAAGAGUGUGGUUUUCGAAUAAAGUUUAGUCAUGUAUGGCAUGAAAA